ACAAAUGCACAUGCAUGUUUUCUUCUCUUGUAGUUGUGCCAUGGUUGAAUGUUACUUUAUUAUCUUUGAGGUUAUUUAUCUUUUGAGAAAAGAUGGAAAAAGCAAAAAAGUAUGGAGGCUGUUCCCCUUUUUCUACUGUCAUCAGAGCAACAUUUCCAAUAUCAUCCUUGCUCACAAAGUAACCAUUUUUUCCCUUUCAUUUAUUAAUAAUCUAUUUUCUUUCUUUUAUAUUGCAGCCGUAAGCAUUUGCAACUUGGUCAUCUGUCUACUUUUUUCACCUUUACCUUCCCUUUUCCCUCCUUUCUCUUUCUCUUUCACUUUGCAUGUUUAGCUCAUAAGUCCUUUCCUUUUACACCAUUUUUCCUGUCUGGUUUCGUUGUUUUUAAAAGCAAUGCCUAAAUUAAAUCGAUCCCAUUAAGAAUCCAGUUGGGUCUCUUCAUUUGUCCCCAGAAAACUAUAACCUCCCACCAUUAAAAUGGCCCAAACAGCUUCCAAAUGCUUCUUCUUUUCCAUUCUGUCUCUCCUCGCCAUCUGCUCUUCUGGUAGGUCGCAUUUGGUAGUGGAAGAAAAUGGUUCCACGGAGUUGCAAUGGAAGUUCACUGAACUUGGUCGGACUACAAUUCACGAUGCCACAACAAAUUCUCCGACAACCCUGGACACCUCCACGCCGACAAUCAUCACCGUUCCCUCGACCAACCCUGUCACUGUCACUCCGUCGAGCCCUGUUGCCACGCCGGUGUCCAUUCCUUUGACGACACCCAUCACAGUUCCGGCUAACUCUCCGGUGCCGCUCACCAAUCCGGUUGCGCCGCCGGUUACUGUCCCCGGAGUACAGCCCAUAACGAACCCUGUGACCACUUAUCCAGCUCCGACAGGUGGCGCUCCAGGGUUAACACCCGCCACAAACCCAGUUCCGGUGUCUCCUCCGGCGACGACGAACGCACCGGUAAUUCCAGGACAAAGCUGGUGCGUGGCCAGGUCCGGCGCUUCGCAGAUGGCUCUUCAGUCGGCGUUGGACUACGCCUGUGGCACUGGAGCGGCCGACUGUUCUCAAAUCCAGCAAGGUGGAAGCUGUUACAACCCAAAUACACUUGAAAAUCACGCUUCUUUUGCAUUCAAUAGCUAUUUUCAGAAGAAUCCUUCCUCUACAAGCUGCGACUUUGGAGGAUCUGCAAUGGUUACCAACUCCAAUCCAAGCACUGGCUCUUGCAUUUACCCAUCAUCAUCUUCCUCUGCGACGCCGGCAUCCAUGACGCCGUCGGUUCCAACGCCGACACCAACAACAACAGCGCCGAUCACCGUCUCACCAACUACAGUUACGAACCCAACAACGUCUUCACCCUUAGGGAACGGCAUGCCAGAAAAUGGAAGUCCUCCUGGAGUGUUUAACACAGACAAUCCAGCUUCGAGCAUAGGCAGCACAACAGGGUUCGGAACUGAGAUUCCUCCAAGCUCAAGCACCUCAAUAUCCAUGGCGGCUGGAUUGAGACCCUUUACUUGUUGCAUCAUUCUGACCAUUUCCUUGAUCACUCGCCUAAUAAUCACUCUGGACUGGUAAUGAAAUCACCGACUUCUUCUCCUUCUACUGUACAUGAAAGGCCCUCGUAAUUCAUAGCUUCAGAAUCGCCGCCCAGUUCCACCAUGACUGCAAUUUUUGGAGGAGAAAAGGAACCAGAGGUGAGUCAACGUUUACAGAUUGCACUGCCACUGCCACUGCCCUUGCUUGAGCUUUUGUUUGUGUAAACAUCAAAUAUAGGAUGUAUUAGCUACUUGCAACUUUGAGACUCUGUAAUAUAAUAUAAUGCUAGAUUUUGGGAAUAUUGUUGGGAUUUGUAUUGCUGUUGGUCAUAGUGCAUUAGAAUUAGAAUUUUGGUUAGAAGAAACAGACAUAUAGCUGGCCUGGAAGUAUGAAAUUCGUAUGUUCGAGUCU